AAAUGAGAGGCGGCGCAGUACAUUCUAUCCUCUCUGCCUUCCUCUAGAGAUUUCAAGAAUCCAACCUACUCACACGAUGUCACCUGUCCCAGAGAUUCUGCUCGAUGUCUGUCGCAAUCCCUUCCUGGCCGUGGGAGUGCCUAUCGGUCUCGGAGCCUUGAGCGGCAUCAUCACUGGCAAGACUGCGCGAAGUCCUUGGUUCACGGAAAUGAGAGCUCCCGCUGGCAAUCCGCCUCGACAAGCUUUUGGUCCGGUUUGGACCGUUUUGUACGGCCUCAUGGGCUAUGCAUCUCACCUUGCCGUCAAGAGCCUUGAUGCCGCCGUGACUCCUAACGCUACGGCUUCGGCGAACAAGUCUCUGCGACUGUACUGGACUCAGUUGGGCUUGAAUCUUCUCUGGACUCCCCUCUUCUUUGGUGCCAAGCAAAAGGAGCUGGCCCUCGUCGACAUGGCUCUGCUCUUGGGCACAGUGGUUUCCAUGACAAUUGAAAUGCACGAUCUCAGGACCGAUUUCAGCACCACCUGGUUGCUGGCACCAUACUGCGCUUGGCUUGGCUAUGCAUCAUACCUUAAUGCCGGCUACGUCUGGCUCAACUGGAAUCGACGAAAUGUUUAGUGACGUUUGGCUGGCUAUAUGCAACUGUGAAUU